AUGUUUCAUUAUGAUAAAUCAUUUAUUUAUGAUUAUAGAGGUAUUUUAUCUGAGCUUGAUAUUGCUAUGAAACUUGGGAUGAAUAGAAGAGUAAUGCUAUCAUUAUUCAAAUUGGAUUAUCAGAAAGUAAUCAUGUUAAGAGCCAUGAAAAAAAUAUUCAUCCUGUAUGGUGGGGGAACUUCAUUGAUGUUAUGGUUUAACUGGACCAUCAUCAAAUUGAUCCAUCAGAUAGAAAUCAAUAUGCAACCAGAUUUCCCAUUUGAUAUGGUCCAUGCACAAUUUUUAUUAUUGGAAUUGAUAAAUUGUAUGCCAGUGUUGGGCGUAGGAUUUUGUUUACAAUAUGAUCCAAAUUCAUUAUUGUACAUUUCAAAAGCAAUGGAUCUUUUUGAUAUGUCAGCUUCUACAUUAGACAUUUUUAGUGAUGGUGAUGACAAUAGUAAUAUAUCACAACAAUCAGCAUUAAAACAAUACCUCGCAUCUUCUUCAUCUUCAGCAUCUAAACAACAGUGUAUUUCAUCACUAUCUACAUCAAAAGGCAAUUUUGAAAUUGAAGAUUUAGUUCAAGGAUUAUCAAACGUUAAAGUACACCAUCAUUGA